AUGUCCCAAACAGUUCUAGUGACAGGUGUCUCUGGGUUUAUCGCCGCACAUGUCGUGGAUGCUUUCCUCCGUAGGGGCUAUCGAGUCCGAGGAACAGUCCGUUCAGAGAAAGCCGCUUCCGAUGUGAUACAACGGCACAGCGAAUAUGCUGGCCAGUUGAGCAUCUCCGUCGUGCCGAAUAUGACAGCACUACACGCGUUCGACGAAGCCGUCAAGGGGGUCGACGGGACACAUAACCCCCGCGUCUCGCGAGUCAUCAUCACCGGCUCGUUUGCAGCAGUCCUGGAUACAGCUUACCUGGCAUGGAAAACCUUUGCGGAGCGAGCUGCAUGGGACUAUGUAGAGGGCAAGAAGCCAAAUUUCACUGUGACUACCCUGUUGCCGCCAAUGGUCUAUGGACCCGUGCUCCAUAAUGUCAGCGAUGCAAAAGCCCUCAACACUUCCUCCGCCGAUAUAUACCGUUUGAUUGACGGUUCAGAGAAGGAGGUUCCAGUGAAUCGUUUCUGGGGUUUUGCGGAUGUCCGUGAUGUGGCCGAAGCGCAUGUCCUGGCUUUUGAGAAGCCGGCGGCCGCGGGCCAACGUCAUUUAAUUUCAAAUGGAGCAUACAGCUAUCAGCAGGUUUGCGAUAUCAUACGCGAGAAAUUUCCUCAACUCCGGGGGCUCACCCCUGAGGAGAAUCCUGGAACGCCGCUCCCCUCGACCUACAGAUUGGAUACCUCUAAGGCUAUCAAGCAACUCGGAAUCAACUUUAGGUCGCUUGAGGAGACUAUUGUCGGCACGGUUGAUAGCUUGCUCAAGGUGCAAAAGGUAGCUCAGUGA